CCUGGCUGGUAGCGUGGAGUUGAAACCACAGGGGAGGUCGCUGUAGUAGUUUUUGUACAAAAAGAAAAGUUACAGAAACUUGUUGGAGAAACAGUAUAGUGUGAGUCGUUUACAUGGUGGCAAACUGCAGACUCGGAGGUAAUUAUUUGUUGAUACGAAACAGCCAACCAGAGUGAAAAACAACAACGUUUAGCUCGAGCUCCGUGACUUCUGCAUGGUCGCUAGCUAGCUAGGACUUAGCUCCAGGAGCUACUUGGCUAGCUGGCUAGCGAGGUCCAGCCCAAAAGUUGUUUACCUCAAGUUGUGGAUGUGGUCACCCCUUGAGCUUUUCACGACUUUUCUCGGGGAUACGAAAGCAAGGACUAGCAGUUCACACUGGAUUUAACACUGUGCGCUGUUAGGAAACUAGCAGGAUGUCCACGGAGGUUGAGUGUGCUCAGGUUGACUCGGGUUUGACAGUCGCCAGCUCGAGCGGAGUGGCGGAGAAGAACCAAAACACGUCCCAGGGCGCUCACCUGGACAAAGGACAAGAUCAGGGACAGAAAGUCUUGGAAAAACAACUAUCGGACAGCCACAACCCCGGGGCGACCAAGAGCCCACCGGACGUAGAAAAGGAAAGCAAAGAAAACUAUAAAGAAAACGACCAAAGUAGUAACGCUGACUCGGCUGUUGAGACGGUUAAGAGGAAAGUUGUUGAAGCUCCUCCGCCGAAAGUCAACCCGUGGACUAAGAGGACCACGGGCAGAGUGCCGGUCAACAAUACCAACUACAGUUCCCAAGAUAAAGAUCAGCAAAAUGCUCCGAAAGUCGUCCGCGCCACCAAGCCCAGAACGAGAAAAUCCAGCAAGUCAGGUGACUUCAGUGAUAUCACAAACUGGCCUACACCUGGAGAGCUGGCUAAAGAGCAGCAACAAAAUGUGCUCAACAAUGAUGGAAAGAAACCUCCAUCUUCACGCAAAGAUAAGGAGAAGAAAAGAGAGCGACCAGAGAGAAAAUCAGAGAGCAGCCAUGAUGGAGGUGAGAGCAAAGAAAACCAGGAGGCUCAAGUGGAGUCGAUGGGAGAGCUGACCAAAGAUGAAGAGUUGAAAGUGGGACAGGACACCAAGAGUGCCAAUCUGAGGAAGCGAGGAGGUAACAAACGUAAGUGGGUUUCUCUGCCGCUGGAGGAAGUGUCCCGGGAUGAUGAUGCCAAGGCACCCGGCAGGGGCUCAGCACGCUCGGACACAGAGCCCAACGAUGACUCAUCUGACCCCAUGUCGCCUAAUCAAACGGUCCAUAAUAACAGGGCGCAUGAUAGCAGCAGGAGUUGGCGAAGAGAGCCACGGGACUUUGGCGAUGAUGCUGCAAGCAUCCGAAGUGAUGGUGGGAGUGUCCGUGGGGGAAUACGCGGCAGAGGGAAGGGGCGCGGACGUGGGAGAGGUCGUGGGCGAGGUCGAUAUGAAUACUCUCUUAACUUCGGAGAGACUCAGUCAUCUGAUGGCUCUGCUCAGGUCCCCACAGACUAUGGCACCAACAUGGUUUACUACUACAAUGAUGGCAACAAACUCCAGAUGUACACAGUGGAUGAAAAGCUUCUUAAGGAAUACAUCAAACGGCAAAUUGAGUACUACUUUAGCCUCCACAAUCUGGAGCGAGACUUCUUCCUGAGGAGAAAAAUGGACGCGCAGGGUUUCCUCCCCAUCUCCCUCAUCGCCAGCUUCCACAGAGUGCAGGCCCUCACCACUGAUGUCAGCCUCAUCAUGGAGGCUCUGAAGAACAGCACAGAAGUGGAGCUGGUGGACGACAAGAUUCGCUGUAAAACAGACCCUGAACGCUGGCCGAUUCCCACCCCUCCCAUCGUCGGUUCCCCUCGCACCGACUUCUCCCAGCUCAUCAACUGUCCUGAAUUUGUCCCUCGACAGACCCUCAGUACCACAAACUCCGCUUCACCGCCUGUGAAGGAGACUCCUCCUGAGCCCGUGCAGCCUCAGGACUCCGCUGACCCCGGCGCCUCCAGCCAGGAGUCACUACCAGCCGCAGAUGACUCCAAAGAUGCCCCUGCCCCCAAGCCCGACCCUGACGCCUGGAUCCAGGUGGAGAAACGUCAUCGGCAGCCCUCUGCCAAAGCAAAGUAUGUCAGCCAUGAAGUGUGUGUUGUCGGCUCUUCUCCCCCAUCAUCACUCCAACCUUACUGUCUUCCCACUGCAGGGGACAGCAAAACGCCUCCUCCCAGCCAGCACUCUCCUCCACGGGCCGAGCCCGACCAGGAGGAGCUGGACUUCAUGUUCGACGAGGAAAUGGAGCAGAUGGCAGCCAGGAAGAACAAGUUCACAGACUGGUCAGAUGAGGACGACUCAGACUACGAGCUGGACGACAACGAUGUCAACAAGAUCCUCAUCGUCACCCAGACUCCCCCCUACCUCCGUAAGCACCCCGGUGGCGAUCGGACAGGUAACCACGAGUCCCGAGCCAAGAUUACUGCCGACCUGGCCAAAGCCAUCAACGACGGGCUGUACUACUACGAACAGGACCUGUGGAAGACAGAGGAGCAGAAUGAGUGCAGCAAGCAGGAAGUGGAGAACUUCAAGAAGCUGAACGUCAUCAGUAAAGAUGAAUUUGACACUCUCACCCCCAAAGUGCCCGUUAACCCAAACCAGGAAGUCCCAUCUCUGCCCAUGCCAGCGGAUAGUGGAACAGAGUUGGCUCGUUCUCUGCCUACAACUGUUCCCCAGUCGCCCAGAGCUCACCAACCCCGAACCCCCAGAACGCCUCGUACUCCUGGACGCCAGGACCCCAACAAGGCGCCACGCUUCUACCCCGUCAUGAAGGAGAGCGGCACUAUUGAUGGACAGACGCCAAGGAAGAAGAAGACGAGCCACAGUACAAACCCUCCCCAGGAGGCUCACAUUGGCUGGGUGAUGGACUCCCGUGAACAUCGACCACGCUCUGCUUCCAUCAGCAGCUCCAAUGCCUCCCCAUCAGAAGGAGCUCCGCUAUCAGGAAGUUAUGGCUGCACCCCUCAGUCUUUGCCCAAAUUUUGGCAUCCAUCCCAUGAGCUGCUGAGGGACAAUGGCUUCACUCAACAGGGCUACCACAAGUACCGCCGACGGUGCCUUAACGAGCGAAAACGGUUGGGGAUCGGCCAGUCUCAGGAGAUGAACACUCUGUUCAGGUUCUGGUCCUUCUUCCUCAGAGACAACUUCAACAGGAAGAUGUAUGAGGAGUUCAAACAGUACUCGCUGGAAGAUGCAAAAGAAAAUUACAGGUACGGACUGGAGUGUCUGUUCAGAUACUACAGCUACGGUUUGGAGAAGAGAUUCAGAUUAGAUCUGUUCAAAGACUUUCAAGAAGAGACCCUCAGAGACUUUGAGAAAGGUCAGCUGUAUGGACUGGAGAAGUUCUGGGCCUUCUUAAAAUAUUCAAAGAUAAAGAACCAGCCCAUCGACCCAAAGCUGCAAGGACACCUGUCCCAGUUUAAGAACCUGGAGGACUUCAGGGUGGUGCCCCCGAUAGGAGAGGAGGGCAGCAGGAGGAGACGUCCCUCGUCCUCAGCUGGGGAUGAAGGGAGGCGUCGGCGACAUCCUUCCAACACUACCUCAAAGCCCACACAGGCCUCCAAAUCCUCCAACGCUUCAGCCGAGUCUGCCACAGCCUCAGCUGCUGCACAGACCACACCCAAAGACAAAACCCAGAAAGCAGGAGCGACAACAUCUGCACAGGGCAAGAAGACAGAAGCCAGAGCCGGGAAGAAGGAAAGCGGUGCACCAAAUAAAUGAAGCUCCCUCCUGUAAGCGUGGGUUUGAAAAGAAGUCGAGUGAGGCGGCUGCAGCUCUCAGCUCAGCGCACAUUCUUUUCAGAGGCAAACUGCUUGGGUGUGAAGAGCGACUGAGUGUAGUUGACCUAAUUUGAUUGUUUUUAUCAGUGCAUUUCAUUUAAAAGCAAGCAUAGGCAGCGAGCUUGAAUGUGUUCACCUGACAGCUCAUGACGUUUACAAAAAUAAAUGCAUUCCCUGCAUUUUGCCUUCCCAGAUGCCAAACUCUUCGAUAAAUACAUUGAUUGCUACACUAUGUAAACCGCUCUGGUCUUUAAAGGGCUGUCGAACUGUGAUUCUAGUUUGCCAAGAUAAGAAAUGCUGCACACAGUGUGUGGCUAAUCCGAUACAGCAGAAUAUCAGGAGUUUUUUCCACGUUCUGCUUUUUAAAGUCUUCCUAAUUGAUUAUUUGGGAUUGUUACAUCCCAAUGUCCCAGCCGUAACAGGGAUUAAGAUGUGUUCAAAAUUUACAACACUUGCAGGGUUUUUUUUUCUUUUUUUUUUCCUGAGGAUGUAAACAACUUCUGUUUAUAACAUGACAAUCAAGAUGAGUCUUAAAGUGCCCUUAUUAUAAUUUUAUUUUGGGGGUCUGCUAGAAUAGGUUUACAUGUUAAGAAAGAAUCAUGCUUUUCUCACAGUGUCCAUCUGUCUGUCACGCUCCGUUUUAGUUCCUGUCUCGCCAAAACCCCUCUCUGGAAAAGCACAGUCUCUGGGAAUGUGGCUCCAUUAGAAUGCAUUAUAUGUGAUCAUGGAGAGUAAGAGAGAAACAGACGUGAUUUUAACAUCAGCACAGUAGCCCGCCACCGGGCUAAAAGUAAACCAUAGACAGUAUAAGAGAA